AGAAAUAGACGUUUAAUGACCAGUACGAAAAUGAAACUAAAUAUUACAACAGCAACAAAAGUACAUGUCAGACUUGACCCCGUAAGAAAAAUGUUAUUUAUGCGAAAUGUAUUAUUUUAAUUCCAUACAUUUCCAGCUUUGGGUGACGCCUGUCAUCAGACUAGCAGUCUCAGGCUUUUAUUUUGUAGGGUAAAUGACUCCACGUCAGGUCAUAAUAUCCGCUGCUUGCUGAGACUGGAUUGCACAUGUGCGUAAAGGCUACAAGCAUGUCUGCUGAGAUAGGAAGUUGGUUCUUUAACUCAUCGUGACAGAUUAUCAGUGAAGGUCUCUGACACAUCUGUGGAUUGAUGGACUUCUCGGGAAGCUGAUUCGAGUUUCUCCAGUGCAGAGGCUGCCCCUUGUAUAAAUAUGGCUGGAUUUAUUGCAAAUCAGCGCAGGUUGCUGCUUGUAUUGAACAGAAGAUUUCACGCACCUUUAUCAGCCUCCCAGGUUGCCUUUUACUACGUAACAGCUUCACACCUGAACCCAAAGGACAGCAAGGUCAGCCCUGUAGCGAGGGGGCGCUCCAGGGUCCAGCACAAGCCUGCAGAAGGGCAGGAGCAUGAGGGGUCAACUCAAAGAAAAGUCUUUAAAAGUGAGAUCUCACUGCUGCAGAAGCAGAUGAGGGGAGAUGACUUCAGAGUGUCACCUGAACUCAGGAAACUGUGCUUGGACGAUUUCCCUGCAGAGAGGGAGAGGCAGGUGAAGCAGAAACCUGCACCUGAAGCCAAAUCUAAGGACUGCGAGGUUGUUUUUGGCGUUGCUCCCUGCUUCUUGGCUCUCACUCAGGGAAGGAGGAGGGUCCGUAAGCUGUUUGUAAAAGAUGGCGAGGCCUCUCACAGGGCGUCUGUGUUGAAGGUGUGCGAGGAGGCUCAUCUGCGAGGAGUUCGAGUCCAUCGGGUCAGCAGGAAGGAGCUGGACAAGAUGUCCAAUGGGGGAGUCCAUCAGGGAGUGUGCCUGCUUGCCAGUCCCCUGAGCUACCUCACCGAGGACUCUGCACCCAGCAGGAAAGAUGCUCCACUGUGGCUCGUUCUGGAGAGAAUCCACGACCCCAUGAACCUCGGCGCCAUCCUGCGCUCUGCUUAUUUCCUCGGGGUGGACAGAGUCGCCAGCAGUCUUCGCUACACCUGCCCGCUGUCUCCAGUGGUCAGCAAGGCGAGCUCGGGCAUUAUGGAGGUGAUGGGGGUGUAUGGAUAUGAAAACCUUGCAGAGAUGUUGAAGCUGAAGAUGGAGCAGGGCUGGCAGGUGGUUGGCACAGUGGGACAGGAAGCAGAAGUGUUGCAGGUGCCCAUCACCAAGUGUUCAGACUUUAAAAUGACCAAACCCACGUUGCUGCUGAUGGGAGGAGAAGGAGAAGGACUCUCCAAGGAGCUGCUCUCCACGUGUCAGACACUUCUCACCAUCCCAGCGGGCAGGGAGCUGGUGCCUGGCAUAGAGUCUCUCAACGUUUCUGUAGCCACAGGCAUCCUGCUGCACUCUUUGCUGUCCUCCAGGAGCUCGUGAUUGUUUCCUGGGAUUUGUUGACUAUAUUUUCUCUGCUAUCUGUUAUUUGGCAUUGGUGUUAUUUGAUACUUGUUACUUGAUAUCAAUGUUUUAAGUCAUCUUACUGUGUAAUUUGUAUCUUUGUACAGCACUUUAGCCAACACUACUGUUGCAAUUAAAUGUGCUAUAUAAAUAAACUAAACAUAGGUAAACGUCCACAUUUUCAAACCUUAUCCAUGUGUGUUUUGAUUCAGUACCGGA